GCUACAGUACAAUGCAUCCAUCCCCCAACCGCCCCUCUCUGAAUCAAGUCUGUGUAUUCACAGAGGUAGUCUGUGUGAAGUCAUUGUCACCAUGGCAUGGAGUACCAACAGCACCAAACUGGACAACAUCACAUUGUCCCUGUUCCAGAACACGACAGCCAGCACUGCUAUCUCCAUCAUCUACAUCGUGGUCACCGUCAUCAACCUGACAGGAAAUGGCCUCUCCAUGUGGCUUCUCCUCUUCCGUACCUUUCCCAAAACCCCCUCCAUUAUCUUCAUGAUAAACCUUACCCUGACUGACCUGGUCUUGGGCCUCGUCCUGCCCUUCCAGAUCAAGUAUCAGAUGCAGGGGCAUAAUUGGAGCCUGGGCCCGGGCGUAUGCAGGCUCCUGACCGUGGUGUUCUUUGCCAACAUGUACUGCUCAAUUCUAACUAUGACCGCCAUCAGUGGAGACCGCUACCUGGGCAUCUGUUGGCCCAUGCUCUUCCGUGAGACCAGGGAAAGGAAGUCAUUCGCUGUUAUCGGCUGUUUGGCCAUGUGGACAGUCGUCCUAUCUGUCCUGUACCCAUUAAUGACAACCGACCUGACGUUCCACGUUCCAGAACUCGGGAUCACCACCUGCUUUGACGUUCUGAAGAGGGACAUGCUUCCAUCGAUGGAGGCCUGGGCUGCUUUCCUCCUUACCCUGUUUGUCAUCCUUUUCCUCAUCCCGUUCUGCAUCACUGUAUUCUGCUACAUCGGCAUCAUCCGCAAGCUGGCCCGAGUUUCCAAGACCAACCAGAAAGAGAAAGCUAUCCGUCUUGCCGUCACCGUCCUAACGGUCUUCACACUUUGCUUUGCUCCCAACAACAUCCUCCUCCUGGCUCACACCAUCCGGAGGCUCUUCUACGGGGACUCCCUCUACAUGGCCUACAAGCUGACUCUUUCCCUCAGUUGCCUCAACAGCUGCCUCGACCCCUUCAUCUACUACUUUGCCUCUAGGGAGUUCCGUCAAAAGCUGAGGCAGAUGCUAAGGCUGAGAACACUGAGCAGUCUGGACACAGGGAAGACAGACCCGCACCGAGAGAGCCUGUACUCUGCCCAUUAUGUGUCUGGGGGACAGGGCGGAGAAAACGGCAGAGUUUCUGUUAAACAACACUGUUAAAAAACUUUGUCUGUAAAGUGAAGAGAGAGGGCAGAUGACAACCGAGAUGACAUGUCGCAAUGUCUCGUGUUGGGACAAAUGACAUUUCACAAUAAUUUCACAGGAUGGAAUGUUUUUGUGUGCUGUAUAUAGAUUAACAAACUAGGACAGACGGUGCUUCUGCAUUUCCAAAGUUAGGGCUCUAUUCAAUCAGAUCUGCUUUUGCCGACAUUGGCAUAGCUGUUGUUUUGAUGCUGUCAGAGGUGGAACUGAGUUAGAGCUGAUAAAUCCACAAGUCGCUCCUGGCAGUAAACCUAAAGAGGACAUUGCAAGUGAUUUCGCAUUAACAGAAAUAAUUUGCAGCCUUGUUUACAAGUUUGAACACUGGAAUGUGAGAUGUAAUCGACACCUGGUUUAAGAUGAUAGAAUUUAGUUGAAUGAUUUUUCAAUUUGGAAGUAAUUAUUUAUAUAAAGCCUACACUCGCUCUGAAUUUCUAACGGAAGUGGGGCGGGUGUGGCUUUCCUGACAGUGAUUGCAAGAGCCGCUGCUCACUAAUUUGACAGCUCCAAUGCAGUUCCACCUCCGACACUGCCAAAACCUUGGCUUAAUAUGAUUGAAUCUUGGCCUUAGUUAAAAAAAAAAUAAAAAAAAGGGUUAUUUAUUUUGUGAAAGAAUGUUGCAACUUGCAUAAAGAUAGGAAUAAGAUGUGGCGAAGUGAGAGCUAGGCUCCUCUCACCACCAAUGUGCUCUCUGUCUCCUGCCAAUUCAGGCAAAUUCAUUAUUUCAUUAUGUGAAUUAUUAAGUAUACCCUUUGUUUGUUCAAUGUUUAUUGAUUCCCCGCUAAUUAUAUCACCAGUAAUGCAUUUACUGUUAAUCACCGUAAUGUCCCAGUAAUCUAGACCGUUAUGGUUUGGUUACAUCGCUAAUCUUUGUUCUUUCCUGAAAUAUAUAUGCAUAUGAAUUUACCGUUCUAAUUCUCAGAGGGGACACAUUGUUUUCAGAUCUCACAAACUAUGCUACACUUGUCAGAAAUACGUUUUGGGUUAUUUCAUUCGAUGUAGGAGUUUCCAGUCAUUUUCCCCAAUGUCGUUAGUUUGGAGCGCUCAAAGUUUGCAUUUGUCUGGUUUCUUCGUCCUUUCUAAUGUUGAGAGCACACACAUCUGAGCAUGGAUAGAAAGAGGCCGAGGGCUAUAUGGCCUCUGUGUUAUGAUUGAGGUCAAAACUGUGAGUUGAAAGAAAAUUAUGAAGUGGUCAAUUUAGAAACUGUGAUUAAAUGUUAUACUCAA